ACGUAGAGAAGAUUACAGAGAUACAAUAAAGUGCAAGUCAGUGGCUUUUACAUUCUUGCCCAGCUACAGUAGCUCUGAGCCACUGCUGUUGUUUACGCAUUGCUUUUGAAACUUGACUGAGGGACAUAGGCUAUCAGGAUGGUUGGCUGGAUAUGGAUCGCUCUCCUUGUAAGCUCCAGUUUCAGCAGUACGGUCUGUUUCCCGCUAGGAAGUUCCUAUAUAAACUGCGAAACAGGAACAAAUGAUUUUUUGGGGAAAAAAGAUGAAGGAUACGCAGGGAACAUCGAUGUUAUGAGAGGGGUUCCACAGAAUGAUACCAUUGUUCUGGAGCCAUACACGUAUCCAUCCCACCUCGAGUUUCUGGAACUGAACCUCACAACUGGAAAUGCAUCUAUCGCAGUGGUUCAGACGAGAAAACCUCUGGAUGCAGAGGCACUGAAAGAUGAUGAGGAAGGACUCUCAAGCACAACAGAGGUGAUCAUUGACGUCCAGGAUUUUGACAACCUGAACCCAUAUUUUCAACACAAUCUCUAUGAGACGACAGUGCAGGAGAACUGGAUGGGGUCAGUCCCUAGUGUGCACCCAGAGGCAAUAAAGGCUUUGGAUGGUGACAGAGGCAUCAACGAAACCUUAGCCUACAGUAUAUCAUCAGUGUCUCCAAGAAAGUAUCAGAGCAACUUUCUUAUUGACUUUAACACCGGAGUUAUUGCUGUGGUGCAGUGGCUCGACAGAGAGGAAAUCGGCUCAGUAUUACUGGGUAUAAAGGCUUCUCAGCAAGAUGACAGCCAGAAGACAGCAGACAGCACGCUCUUGGUUCAUAUUGGGGAUGCAGCCGAGGCGCCUGUGUUUUCUAAUGACACGUAUGCAGCACAGAUUUUCAACAUCGCUCCAUACAAGUACCCUGUCGUAAAGCUCAAGGCCACAGACCCCGAUGUAGGGGAGACAGAGACACUAAGAUACUCCCUGGUGGAGCCCAGCUCCAUGUUUGAUGUAGAGCCCUCUAGUGGUCAGGUGUAUGUAGUGUCGGCUGUAGGUGAGAGUGGGAAGGUGAGCCUGCAGGUGAAGGCAACAGACAUCCUGGGGCUUUAUGACAUCACUACAGUGGAGGUCACUGUCAUAGAGAGCGGCAGCAGCAAUGUAGCUGUUCUGUCGCUGAACAUGGCGGUCAACACGGUAGAGGACAACGCCCCCCAAGUGGAAGAGUCUCUGGGCAGGGCGCUGGGAUGGACUGUGAGGAUUAUGAGUGUGACUAGCGAUGCCGAGCUCUUUCAGAGAGAAGUCCAGCCAAAAACAUAUGUCAGUCUCAUUGCCAUGGAGCCCGACAGCACAGCAGUCCUGCCUAAAGAGGAGGUCAAAGAGCGGCUGCAGAGUGAGGGGGAGAGUGUGAGGACUGAACUGGGGAAGGUGUUUGGCCCUGGGCUGGUGGUCAGUGUGGAGGAGGGCUCCACAGGCACAGGUCUCCGCUCAGACAACCAGGUCACCGUCAUCACCCUGGGGGCCUUCCUGGCUCUAUUCAUGGCCCUGGUCCCCGUCUCUGUGCUACUAACAAGACGCUUCUCCAAAGGAAAUGGCAAUGAAAGGGCUUCACUGACUUUGGAGACGAAUGACAUGUUGACUCGAAUGUGAUGGAAACACCUGAUGUGAUGUUGUUGUAACCUUCAAAACACAUUUGUUUGUAUCUUACACCAUUUCUAUUAAGAGUAAACCUCUGUUGGAAAUCUGUCAGUAAAUGUACUUGUUUUACAAACUA